UCCAAAAGUGUUGUCUGCUGCUUUUGGAAUUCGGAAGUGACAUGGACCUUGAAAAUUCGUCAUUUCAAACACAUUUUCUGGGGAGAUCUGUGAAUAACUGUGAAUAACUGAAUGUCCACCAACAUAGAGGAGAACAAUUAUCAGUAUGAUUGAAUUCUGCUCUAGGAAACGCAUGGUUGUAGCCAUUGUUGUGCUUCUGAGUUUGACUGUUUUAACGUUAUUUGUGGAAGGAAGAUGGUCGACUGCCAAGCAUAACCUUGUUGAUGUGAACUCUGGGAGAGACUCAGAGGAGAACAAGAGCCGUUGUGGUGCAGUGAAGGAAGUAAUCAUGGAAGAAUGCAGGACCUGCAAACCCUGGGAGCAGGAGCAGGCCUUCUGCCAGAGGACAGGCUACCGAGAGAAGGUUGGUUGUGGCGAGAACAAGAGUGACUCCGAUACAUUCUUUAGAAGCUGCCAUGUGGACCCCUGGGUUGAAGAACGGAAGUUCUGGCUAGUGGAGGCCCUCACCUGUCUGCUAGGGCUGGCAUCAUAUGCCCUGGUCAAGUACCGACAGUCAAUCCUUGACCAACAACUCCUAGACAAGGUCAACAGACAGAUAGCUGCUUAGAACAUUGUAUCAUCAUUACAACAGCAUCUCAGUUGAUUCAGAUAGCCACCGAAAUUGGACAUGGACACAUCAAUGUCCCGUGGAUGACCACGUGUAACACUGUCUGUGCUGGUGUUGACAGUGGUCAGGCCUGCCAAAUGGAACACACCCUCAUACCAUUUUGUGUUCACAAGCACUCUGUGAUAUGUUCAUAUGUUCUUUUUAUGCCCCAAAGGGCGGUAUAUAGUAAUCAGACCGUCUCUCCAUGCAUGCGUACAUCAACUGUCAAGGUUGAGAUGACCUUGAGCUGAAAAUCCUUUUCCGAUCAAUUACUGAAGGUCGCUGGGACCCAGAGACAUCAAGCUUGGUAGGAAGAUUGGUCAUGACUAGUAUAGUACGCUCGAUCAAACUAUUUUCCUUUAAAGGUAUCAAAUGCUACUCAAGUUGCAAGGUAUUUUUUUAUACUAUUUUUUCUGUUCUAUCUUUUUCUUAAAAAAAUAAUAUAUAAGAAAAAGAUAUAUAUGUGGGCAAAAAUUUCUCUAGCAUUAUGUAAUACAUGCAUAAUGUCCAACAAUGUUAUUUAAAAGAUCACCAGACUCUAGUUGACAGGCACUCCUUGCAGUGCAUCAUCAUGUUCAUACUUUGCUCUUAAAAAUAUUAGAGAUUAAUACUUCCAAUCUGCAUGGGAAGGUCCGCAUGAAAAUAUACAUGACAACCCAUACAACCAUCACUUUAGCUCACAUACAAAAACAAUUCUUGGAAGGCUAUCUGUCCAUAUAAGCCAAAAUACUAAUGGCAAUCUUUUAUGAGGCCUUGCGGGGGCACUUGUCACUUUGACAGUUAUUGUUCUUACAUGUGAUGUUAUCAAAGUAAGCCAAACCAUUGGUCUGAAAUCUCGAGGGCUUCGUUGAUAACAUGUACAUGAAUGUAUAUAUAGAUGUAUAUAAUUUAGUAUAAUGUCACAACUUAAGUAAAACAGACUGUUGUGACUGUCUCUUCAGUUCCAACCAUGCUUUGUUCAAGUGAUUGAUGAGCCUGUUUCACUAAAUUUAUUUGCAAACUUGACAGAUGUGUGAGUGUGUGUCUGUCACAUUGUAUAUGUGAACAAUUUUUCUUCAUGCCAGAAUGCAAAUAGACCUUAUUGUGUUUUUUUUUCAUUUAUAUUCAGCUUUAAUAAAUCUUCAGUCAUUAAUUUAGAUAUAGAUGUAUUAUGAAUAAAGUAGAUGGCCUUAUUUUAAGGCCGUAGAUGGCCGUACUUUAAGGCCAUGUCAGAUAACCGGAUUAUCUACCUGUUCUGUAAGGCUUUUGUCAGCUACAUUUUUAGAAGUGUUGGAAGGGCUUUGAUGCUGAAUACAAAGGUUGUAAUUUCUAUGACAAAGACUUUGUUUCUUUGUUCUUCAAUGAAUACCAGCAGAUAGAUUGAUUUUAUUGGCACCAAAGGCAAAUAAAAUUGGAACAUCUCAUUACCUAGAUCAGAUAGUUUUGAACAUAUAAUCAUGUGAUUUUGACAGCGCUCCGUGCACAUUCCCUGAUAAGGAUGCUAGAAAGGCGGCAUUGUGACUGCCUCUAACUGGAUGAUAGUGGAACAAAUUGCUACUAAUGACUUAUUGACCACCAAACCACUUGCAAAUAUCUGCAGGAAAACAUGGCUUGGCAUGAUGAAUGGUUACCUGGCCAAUUAGUGUCAAUUUGUUUUAUGUGUACCGUACAAACAAUCAAAGUAAACAUGUUGGAUAAUUAUCAGUUAUUAUUCACUAGAUUUAAUUUGUAAUUGCGUUGUUGUUGAUGUUUUUUGACAAUAUAGCGCACCAAACAAAUCAUAAAAUGAGUUAUUACAUUGAAUCAGAAAGGGAAUAGUAAGUCUGCACAAGGACUAGAUAUGUAACCAUUCAUGCUUGAAAGUUUAACUGUAAAUGCUUGGUGAAAGACUAUGUUGCAUUUUUUAUAGCUUUUGAGAGGCAAUUCUUUGAUGUUAAAUAAUCGCUUUAUCUUUGAUUUGUACAGUAACGAAUAAAAAGUUAAGAGCC